AUGAAUAUUCAGCAUCAAUCUGCAUUCAUCGAUACGAUACCGACAGAGAUUCUGGACAAAAUCAUCGACCAUAUUCCACCUGAAGAUAUGCCGUCCAUCAGCCUCGUGAAGCGAGCAUGGUUGCCCCUCGGACAAGGAAGAGCAUUUAAGAAGGUCCAUCUAACCACCCUUGCCAGAUGUAUAUAUUUUUGCUCUCUGACCAGACGGUCACCGUAUCUUCUCGGAGCUGUGGAGGAGGUUCGCCUCGAGGGAGACAACGUCGUCGGAAAGGUCCGCGCCACCUCUAAGCUUCUGUCCCAAAUGACGAAAGUGAAGACGGUGUGGUUCUCUCUCGCGAGGUUGGUAGAUCCAUCAGGGCUAGACUCCAUCUUCCCCUCCUUGAAAACGGUGAUCGUGCACCGCUCUCAAGUCCUGGAGGGUUUUCUUCCCGUAUUUUUGGCUGGAAGGAGGUGUAUAUUGAACGUAAUCAUCUAUGAGAGCUUCGACAUCAACGUCUCUGCUCCCCCUCAUCCGACGUGGCCCGAUAGAUUUUCGCCCGCAAGUCCAUCAUGUUCGGUGGCAGCUCUACGAUCCGACCUUUCUGCGCCGAACGCUCUUGCGGCCCUCUCCAGGCACAUCGCAUCUCCCACUACGAUUUCGAUUUCACCUACGAAGCUCUACGAAGCUGCUGCGAUUAGAUACGAGUCCCUCACAGAAUGUCCCAUGGAUGUGGGACGAAAUGCUGAUGGAGAAUUGGCUCGAUGA